GCCGGGCGGAAGCUGGCUGGGAGGGCUGGGUGGCGGGAGCUCGGAUAGAACUUUUAAAGGACCUUCACUACACUGGCCUGUUCGCCCUAGGGGACUGCUGAUUGUGAGGGUUGGCUGGCCCUGGGAUUCAGUAUCAAGGAGGCGGAGGAAAAGCAAGUCCGUGUGACUCCUCCCAGAGGUGACCAGGGAGAGAGGAGCUGUGUAAAUACCCUCAGGGCAAUAAAUAAGGUGGCUGCCGCCCACCCGGGAGCAAUAUGGGGUAGAAGACUAUGGAAUUGUACCUUCUGGGUAAUAAGAGCGUUCUGCCAUCUCCCUGCCCCAUCGUCGGGUGCCCAGCCAUGGCCAGACCACCGACCCCGGGCUCGGUGAUCGUCCCAGACUGGCAUGAAAGCACCGAGGGCAAGGAGUACCUGGCCUGCAUCCUGCGCAAGAGCCGCCGGCGGGUGUUUGGGCUACUGGAGCGACCAGUGCUGCCCCCAGCCGUGGCCAUUGACACGGCCAGCUAUAAGAUCUUCGUGUCUGGGAAGAGUGGUGUGGGCAAGACGGCACUGGUGGCCAAGCUAGCUGGCCUGGAGGUGCCCGUGGUACACCAUGAGACCAUCGGCAUCCAGACCACUGUGGUAUUCUGGCCGGCCAAGCUGCAGGUCAGUGACCGGGUCAUCAUGUUCCGCUUUGAGUUCUGGGACUGUGGCGAGUCUGCACUGAAAAAAUUCGAUCACAUGCUGCCGGCUUGUAAGGAGAAAACAGAUGCUUUCCUAUUCCUGUUCUCUUUCACCGACCGUGCCUCCUUCGAAGACCUCCCUGGACAGCUGACCCGAGUUGCAGGCGAGGCCCCUGGUGUUGUCAGGAUGGUCAUUGGCUCUAAAUUUGACCAGUACAUGCACACAGACGUGCCUGAGCGCGACAUCACGGCCUUCAGGCAGGCCUGGGAGCUGCCCCUCCUACGGGUGAAGAGUGUGCCGGGGCGGCGGCUGGCUGAUGGGCGCACGCUGGAUGGGCGGGCCGGGCUGGCCGAUAUUGCCCACGUGCUUAAUAGCCUGGCAGAGCAGCUGUGGCACCAGGACCAGGUGGCAGCUGGCCUGCUCCCUAACCCCCCAGAAGACACACCCAGCUGACAUGAGUGGGCACAUGUGGUCCCUCCUCCCAGGUCUCAGGUGACCCGGAGCAGGAGACAGGAUCCAGUCCUAGGGCUGGGACAGGGAUAGUGAUCUCCUGAGGAUUGGCCGGGGAGGCUGGUGGCCUGUAAAGACUCUGCCCCAGCAGCACUUUGCAGAAUCCGUGGCAGUGCGGUGGGUACAUGGGCUUCCCAGGGUGGUGGUCGGAGGCCCUCUGCCUUCUCCCAGGGCCCUGGGGUUCCAGGCUCUGGAAACUGAGGAAUCAAAUAGGCAGGGCCCCCGGACUGUAGCAUCUCCACCAACCUGCUGUCCCUCCCCUUCUGUAGCAGAUGGGGAGGGUGACAGGGGAGAAGGUGUGGCUCAGGUGAGCCAUGGACCUGAAGUGACUUCAACUGAGAGCUCGUAUUACAGGGUGGGGAAAAAAUAGGUUUACAGUUGUUUGUGCGGAAAACGAUACAAUAACUAGUAAAUAAUAAUAUAAGA